CUACGCGAUAACGAAAAGAUGAUGACCACGUGGUUAUCUAGCACAGUCCUAAGCCGCUGACUAAGGCACAACAUUAUUGAUUCUUUAACUUAAAACUCAACAACUCCACGUCGCCUUUCAGUUACCCCAGUGUUUUUCCAUUGCCCAACUACCAUGAAGCUGUCGCUGUCGCUUCUUUUCGCGGGACUGUUGGCUGGCGUCAGUGCCUCCAACGUUGUCGACCUCAACCCAGACAAUUUUGACAGUGAAAUUGGCAAAGGGAAGCCUGGUUUGGUUGAAUUCUUUGCCCCUUGGUGUGGUCACUGCAAAAACCUCGCUCCUAUAUAUGAGCAACUUGGAGACGCCUUUGCGCACGCAAAGGGCAAAGUUGUUGUCGCCAAAGUCGACGCUGAUGGUGUCGGUAAAUCUUUGGGACAAAAAUACGGUGUCACUGGAUACCCCACUUUGAAGUGGUUUGACGAGAAAGGCAACAUCGAGCCUUAUGAAGGCGGCCGCGACCUUGACGCCCUUGCUUCGUUCAUCACAACGAAGUCUGGUGUGAAAUCGAACAUCAAGCCCCCACCACCCCCUGAAACCUUGAUCCUUGAUGUUCAUUCCUUUGAUGAUGUUGCCUUGGACGAGACAAAAGAUGUUCUUGUCACAUUCACCGCGCCAUGGUGCGGGCAUUGCAAGAGCCUCAAGCCAAUCUAUGAACAAGUUGCGAUUGACUUCAAACCAGAGAGCACCUGUAUUGUCGCCAACAUUGACGCGGAUGCACAACCGAACAAGGAGAUUGCUGGUCGCUACGGAGUGUCAUCUUACCCUACCAUCAAGUUCUUCCCUCGUGGUGGAAAGGAAGUUGAGGCUUAUGAAGGCCCUCGCACCGAACAAGCGUUUGUUGCUUUCCUCAACGAGCGCUGCGGAACUCAGCGCGCUGUUGGUGGUGGUCUCAAUGAUGAGGCUGGCCGCAUUGCGGAACUCGAUACCCUUGCCCAGAAGUUCUUGGGCGCUGCCGGUGACGCUCGUGAUUAUAUUUACAAGGAGGCUUUGACGCUCUCCGAAUCGCUCGGCGAGACGGCAAAACACUACAUCCGUAUUAUGGAGAAAGUUGUAAACGACCGGGAAUCCUAUAUCGAGAAGGAGUCUAAGCGCCUCGCUUCUAUCCUCAGCAAGCGCACGAUAUCACCUGCGAAGCUCGAUGAGAUCAAGAUCAAGGCCAACGUCCUGAGUGCAUUCGUGGCCAAGAAGUUAGAGGAGGCACAGGAGAAGGUUGAGAGUGUCAUUGGCAGAGCCACGGCUGAGCUUUGAUGUCGCACGCUUGAUCACCUGCUACGCGCGUGGUAAUGAAGGACACACAUAUAUAUUGUUAAUCUGCAUGCUAUGUCGGUGCUAUCUAUUAAUCUGAGCUUUAUGCUCACCGGUUCUAAGCUGGAUCUGCCUACCGUGAGCUUCCAUACACGCCUUCGGUGAUUUCCUCCACGCAAUCAGUAGCGAAACGGACCUAUCCCAGCGUUUUUACGGUGGAAAGAACCAAAACUGGAACUCGGUUUCAAUUUUUGAAGGGCACGUUGCACUUCUCAUCGGAAAAAUAGAAGGCCUCAAGGAGCCUCGAGGAUCAACGUUAACCGAUCACCAUGGAAUAUUGCGUGGCACAGUGGACCAUCCGAC